AUGUCAUCCACCUCGAAGGUGAUUUCUCUUUUCGUCCUUUUAUCUUACCUCCAAACAGGCGUACUAGGUAUUCCUGCCCCUGCUCCACAUCGUCGCUGGACAUUAAGUAUCGAUAUAACUCAUUCGCCUCUCAUUCCAAAAGAUGAACACAAUCUCAAUCCACCAUCCCGAUUCACAGCUCUAGACGCUCAAAACCUUCUCCCACGUUCUCCUAUACCUCCAAUACAAGAUGAUCAACCUCUUUCACUCUCACACGAUCAUUCCCCUAUCCCAAAUUCCGAUCCUCAUUCACAAGAAACACCAGUUUCUCAUUUGAACGGCGAAGAAGACCUUUACUCCAAAAGAUCAAUGGGAGAGCAAAGGGAUUUAAGUCUAUUAGGAGGAGCAGUCACAGAUCUCAUUGUGGAUCCAAGUCAAAUAAUCGAUAAUUCUACUGAAGUAGCAUGCGCCGCUACUCCGGUACCAUACGGAUAUUAUUAUAUCAAAUCUUCUUCUACGGGGAAUUUCCUCGCGUUACGAUCUGACGGAGGUUUGGCACCGGACGCUAGUGAGCCUUACGCUUGGAGUGUGGCAGAGUUGAAUUCAGCGGAUAAUGAUGGUCAAAUAGGAGGGACAGUCAGUGUUGUUGCUGCUUGUUCAGGAGCGAGAAGAACUUUGGAAGCACCUGGUACUGGGAAUUGUAUAUGCCCCAAAUGGGAUCCGUCAGUCAUGGCUGAACAUUGGGCGGUGAUGUAUAGUUGUGCUCAACCUCCAGUCGCCUUUUCCAAGACACUAUGGUUCUUCAACCCAAACAAAGAUAAACCAUGUGGUUCUUCCUUCUCAAACGUCACCAAUUGUCAAGGUACAUUCGAACUCAUCCCCACAAAUCAUAUGCUCGAUAAUCAGACUUUGGCCUUGUCCAGUUCUUUACCUGGUGUACAAACCGAAUACGAGGAGUUCCCAUGGGGUGGACAAUUGGUUCCGUGGAGUAAAGGAGAUAGUAGUCAAGAAUGGGAAGUAUGGAAUGCUUGGGCGUGA